GUGCAUGAUAUAUUAAGUGAAAUUAAAUAAAGACAAAUUUUAAACAGAUCAAUUUGGCAAUACAAUUUUACUAAACAUAAAUAUGACUGUCGAUCAUUUCAUGAGCGUAGCCUUCGAGCAAGCGCGUUCAGCUUUGUCCGAAGGUGAAGUUCCAGUGGGUUGCGUUUUUGUUUAUAAAAACGCUAUAAUUGCUAGGGCUGGUAAUCAAGUAAAUGCUACAAAAAAUGCUACCCGUCACGCCGAAUUUGUUUGUAUCGAUCAAAUAUUAUGCUAUUGCUCUACGCAUAAUCUCCAGUCGGAUGAAGUGUUUUCUCAAAUCACCGUAGUUGUUACCGUGGAGCCUUGUAUAAUGUGUUUGGCGGCUUUGCAUAACUUAAAAGUGAAAGAGAUUAUCUACGGAUGUGCUAAUGAUCGCUUUGGCGGUAAAAGCGUAGUCGAUGUGCAGCAAGUUUUAGGACGACCAUUGGAAAUGAAAGCGGGGCUACGAGCCGAGGAAGCAAUGGAUUUGUUAAAACAAUUUUACAAAGGUCAAAAUCCUUCGGCACCUGUAGCUAAAACUAAAAGAUAAUUGGAGCAAGUGUGAAAAGUGUUCUCCACCUUUUUUUUGUGGUAAGGAGCGUUCUUUUUUACUUACGAUUUCGCAAAU